CAUGGAUUCGCAUAACAUUUUUUAUUCUAAUACAUCACAUCAAGCUACCCAAGUCCUUUGCUAUAAUUUCAAACUUGAUUUAAACUCAUAAGUAAACGUUAGAUAAACGUGACGAAAUGAAUGAAUUAAACUUGUCCCUGAACGACCUCAGCAUUAGUUCAAAUAAAAUGGCCCCAGCAUACAAGUUCACUUAUUUCGACAUCAAAGCUUUGGCUGAAGUAACCAGAUUGCUCUUCAGCUAUGGCGGCAUCGAAUUUGAAGACAACAGAAUCCAAAGGGAAAACUGGCCUGCACUCAAACCUUCAAUGCCAUUCGGACAGAUGCCAAUUUUGGAACACAACGGAAAAGUAGUCAAUCAGAGUAUCGCCAUUGCCAGAUACGUUGCCAAACAAGUUAAAUUGGUGGGCAACAACGAUUGGGAAGAUUUAGAAAUCGACAGUAUCGUAGAUACCAUCAACGAUUUCCGCAUGAAAAUUGGCGCGUAUCAUUAUCAAUCCGAUGAAAAGAUCAAACAAGCCUUAAAAGAGCCAUUGUUCAAGGAAACCAUCCCAUACUACUUGAACAAAUUCGAAGCUAUCGCAAAAGAAAACAAUGGUCACUUUGCUCUUGGACGCUUGACUUGGGCUGAUAUGUUCUGGCUUGGACUUAUUGAUUACAUGAACUUCAUGGCUGGCACUGACUUAAUUGCUAACUAUCCAAAUUUGAGGGCUGUCGUCGACAAUGCGUCUGCAAAUCCCAAUGUUAAGGCCUGGCUCGAGAAACGCCCCAAAACCGAUGCCUAAACUGUUCACUCACCAAAUUUUUUUAUCUCUUUUCUAUGUAUUCUAAUUUAGCUUUAUAUUUAAAUAAACAUAAUAAAUGUA